AUGGCUUCUUCUUCAUCUACUUCUCGCAGUAACUGGCUUUAUGAUGCUUUCUUGAGCUUCAGAGGGGAAGACGUACGCGUUACUUUCCGUAGCCACUUUCUCAAGGAGCUCAACCGUAAGCUGAUCACUUGUUUCAGAGACGAUGAGAUCGAGAGAAGCCACUCUCUCUGGCCUGAUCUUUUACAAGCCAUCAAGAACUCGAGGAUCGCGGUGGUCAUUUUCUCUGAAAAAUAUGCUUCUUCAAGUUGGUGUCUUAACGAGUUGCUUGAGAUCGUGAACUGCAAUGAUAAGAUAAUCAUACCAGUUUUCUACCGUUUGGAUCCUUCCCAAGUGAGGUACCAAAUUGGUAAAUUUGGAGAUUUCUUUGAGAAGACUUGCAAGAGACAUACAGAGGAAGUGAAAAGUCAAUGGAAGAAAGCAUUGACUAAUGUAGCUAACAUGCUUGGAUUUGAUUCUGCAAGAUGGGAUGACGAAGCAAAAAUGAUUGAAGAAAUAGCAAAUGAUGUUUUGCGUAAACUGCUACUAACUUCAUCAAAGGAUUUUGAGGACUUUGAGGGCAUCGAGGAACAUAUUGCUAAUAUGAGUGAAUUGUUGAAACUGGAAACUAAGGAAGUGAAGAUGGUUGGUAUAUGGGGUUCCUCGGGGAUUGGUAAGACUACUAUCGCAAGAGCUCUGUUUAACCAACUUUCUCGGAAUUUCCAAGUUAGCAAAUUCAUAGACAGAUCUUUUGUGUAUAAGAGUAAAAAAAUGUAUAGUAGAGCCAAUCCGGACGACCACAACAUGAAGUUACAUUUACAAGAGAGUUUCCUCUCAGAAGUUCUGAGGAUGAAGGACAUAAAGAUAGAUCAUCUAGGUGUAUUAGGAGAGAGGCUUCAACACCAGAAAGUUCUUAUGAUCAUUGAUGAUGUGGAUGACCAAGUGAUCUUAGAUUCUUUGGCUGGUCAAACUCAAUGGUUUGGAACUGGGAGCAGAAUCAUUGUUGUUACAAAUAAUAAGCAUUUCUUAACGGCUCUUGAUCAUAUAUAUGAAGUUAAUCUCCCAACUGAAGAGCGAGCUCUCGCGAUGUUAUGUCAAUCUGCUUUCAGGAAAAAAUCUCCACCUCAAGGUUUUGAGAAGCUUGUAGUUCAAGUUGCAAGACAUGCGGGUAGUCUUCCUUUGGGUCUUAAUGUUUUGGGUUCGUAUUUGAGAGGGAGGGAUACGGAUUACUGGAUGGGCAUGCUGCUAAGGCUUGAGAAGAGUUUAGAUGAUAAACUUGAGAAAAUACUAAGAAUCAGCUAUGAUGGGUUAGGUAGUGAAGAUGAUCAACCGAUAUUUCGUCAUAUCGCAUGUCUUUUCAAUCAUAUGGAAGUCACAACUAUCAAGUCUUUGCUCGUAGAUAAGUUCAUGGAUGUUGAUGUUGCACUGCAAAACCUGGUUGAUAAGUCCAUCAUUCAUAUCAGAUGGGGUCAUGUGGAGAUGCACCGUUUGCUACAAGAAAUGGGCAGAAAAAUUGUUCGCACGCAGUCCAUUGACGAGCCUGAAAAACGAGAAUUCUUGGUGGAUACAAAUGAGAUUUGUGAUAUACUCAGUGAAGGCAUUGAUACUCAAAAGGUUUUAGGUAUAUCUUUGGAUACAAGUAAGAUUGAUGAGUUGCUUAUACAUGAGAGAGCGUUCAAAGGGAUGCCUAAUCUCCGUUUCUUAAAAUUUGAUCCGAAAAACUUUCUAAAAGAAGGCAUAUUGCACUUGCCUGAAAGUUUUGACUAUUUGCCCCCUAGGCUCAAACUAUUGUCCUGGUCCAAUUUCCCAAUGAGUUGUAUGCCUUCUAAUUUUCAUCCUAAACACCUCGUCAAGCUCAAAAUGCCGAAUAGCAAGCUAUAUAAGUUGUGGGAAGGCGCCGCACUCCCACUUACAUGUCUAAAGGAAAUAGAUAUGGAGGGAUCAGUCAACUUAGAAGAAAUUCCAAAUCUUUCCAAGGCUACUAAUCUCGAGAUACUUAAUCUUGGGAAUUGCAAGAGUUUGGUGGAGCUUCCUUCCUCUAUACGAAAUCUCGAUAAACUGUUGAGAUUGAAUAUGGAGUUUUGCAAAAGUUUGAAAACUCUUCCAACUGGCUUCAACCUCAAAUCUCUCGACCUCCUCAGCUUCAAUUACUGCUCGAAGUUGAGGACUUUUCCCGAAAUCUCAACCAACAUCUCAAAUCUUAGUCUGGCGGGAACAAACAUUGAAGUAAUCCCUUCUAAUGUACAUCUCGAGAAUCUUGAUUGUUUUUGCAUAUCAAAAGAAGAGAAGGAUGGGAAACAAUGGGAUGGAGUCAAGCCGCUGACGCCCUUCCUAGCAAUGCUGUCUCCAACUUUGACGACCUUGGAUCUAAGGAAUAUCCCAAGUUUGGUAGAGCUUCCUUCCUCAUUUCAGAAUCUCAAUCAACUGGAGCUGCUGCACAUUAAAAACUGCAUAAACCUUGAGACUCUGCCUACUGGAAUCAACCUCGAAUCACUCGAGUACCUUUCUUUCAAUGGAUGCUCUAAGUUAAGGAGCUUUCCUGAUAUCUCAACCAACAUCACUGGUCUCGAACUAGAGAGAACAGGGAUUGAAGAGGUUCCUUGGUGGAUUGAGAAAUUCUCUAACCUUAUUGAGCUAACAAUGGGAGGUUGCACCAUGCUAAAACGUGUAUCCCUAAACAUUUCUAAGCUCAAACAUCUUAACAAAGCUGACUUCAAAAAUUGUGAGGCCUUGACCACAGUUGAUUUAAGUGGAGUGGUGGAGAUGGAAGCAGACAAUGUUGGCACAGUGUCCUCUUCUCUUCCUAGAGUAGAUUUCAGAGACUGCUUCAAGUUGGUUCCAGAAACUGUCCUUUACCAACAAUCAGUUAUUUUCAACUACAUGUUAUUCCCAUGGGAAGAUAAAGAAGUGCCGUCAUAUUUCACUUACCGUAUUAGUGGAAGGUCCUCUCUGACCAUUCCUCUGCUUGACGUCUCUCUCUCCCAACCAUUCUUCAGAUUUAGGGUUGGCGUGGUGGUAACUAAUGUUAUACAUGGAAAAAAGAUUGAGGUGAAGUGUGAGUUCAAAGACAGAUCAGGGGAGAGCUUUCGCGUUGGCUCUGAUUUCCAUAUCUAUACACUUUUCACAAAGAGUCAGAAGGGUAGUCAACUGUUAAUUGUAUUGGACUGUCGUAUCCCUCUAAUCGAAGGUAAUGCUCCUCUAGGCGCUCAACGGAACUAUGAUCACGUCGAUAUGAGCAUUCGUAUAGGUAGUGGAGGUUGGAGAUCUACGUUUGAGUUAAAAGAAUGGGGUAUACGACUCUUAGAAGACUGUUCAGCACCGGAGAAGCCACUUGGUAAUCCAAAGAGUACUACUCUUCCACAUGUUUCUGAAGCGGAAGAAGGUAAUAUGCGGUAUACACCUCUUCAAGGACUUGUUAAUGAGAGUGAACACAUGGAAGAGUCUGGAGAUAACAACAAUGUAGAGACAGAGAGAAGCGCGAAGCGAAUGCGGGUAAGCAGUAAUUGAACAUAAGUAGUACUCAUCUCUUUUUUAGUAUUACUGACAACUGGAUUACUCUUUUCUACAUGUUUGAGUAACAAGAUUUAGCAAAUUAAAGGAAACAAAAAAAUAAUGCAAGUUUAUCAAAUGGAUCAUUUUUUUUCAUUCACCAAAACUUACAACACAACUAACUACCAAAGUGAAGAUUUGGAGGACUUAAAUAUGCCAAACGUAAAACCAAAUCCAACAAAACAACA